UGACAAGAGUUCACAGGAUGAGGCCUUGAAUGGUCACCAUUCAUCUGAAUCUGAAGAUAACAAAAAACCUUCUCAAAACACAACUCUAUCUCCAUCAUAUGUGCUUGCUUGUUUAAGCACACACACACAACACACACACACAAAUGGCUCUUAGAAUCUGGGCUUCUUCCACUGCCAAUGCUCUAAGGCUAUCCACUGCUACCACACCUCAUUUCUCCCCUCUUUCAAGAUGCUUCUCUUCAGUAUUGGAUGGGUUGAAGUAUGCAAAUUCACAUGAAUGGGUGAAGCAUGAAGGCUCUGUUGCUACUAUUGGUAUUACUGACCAUGCUCAGGACCAUCUUGGAGAGGUGGUGUUUGUGGACUUGCCAGAUACCGGUGGCUCAGUGACCAAAGCCACCGGAUUCGGGGCGGUAGAAAGUGUGAAAGCCACUAGUGACGUGAACUCCCCGAUCUCUGGAGAGAUCGUGGAGGUGAACACGAAGCUCAGCGAAACUCCUGGCUUGAUCAAUUCGAGCCCGUAUGAAGAUGGAUGGAUGAUUAAGGUGAAGCCGAGCAACCCAUCUGAGUUGGAGUCACUAAUGGGUGCAAAAGAGUACACAAAGUUCUGUGAAGAAGAAGAUGCUGCUCACUAGAUUUGUAACAUGUGAUUUUUUUUUCUUCCUCAACUCGACCCGUUGUUUUAAAUAAUCAUAUGAUUCAAAGGGUGAUGUCGAUUUACCUAUAUAUCAUGAAUCUAUUUCCGUUACCAUG